AUGCCUCAUAGACUUUUACAAGAAACACUUAUAUUUGGAGACAGCGAUAUAAUAUUAACUGAAGAUAACAUAUUCUAUAAUUUGACGAUUAAAAAUUUAAUAAUUGAAUCAACUGCAAAACCAUUUCAACUUGUUGCUGAAUCAUUGAAAAGAUUACCAAAACUUGAAAAUCUUCGACUCGAUACUCAACCAAUUUUGAUUAAAAACACAACCACUAACAUCACCGGAUUUGAGGAUGACGCAUUUAAUGGCCCUGACAGUCUCGUUAGUCUCUUAUUACAGUAUAAUCGCAAUUUGACACAUAUUCACAAAAAUUCAUUUGGUCAAAUGACGAACUUAAAAACACUUAUACUAAGAUCUAAUUCAAUAGAGUUAAUAGAAAAUGGAGCAUUUUCAAAAUUAAAGAAUCAUUUAUUAUUUCUCGAUUUAAGUCGAAAUAAACUACGUGCAAUUUCAGAUAAAACAUUUGAAGGUAUCAAAUCCAUUAAACAGCUUGAUCUUUCAAAUAAUAAUAUAAUAAAUUUUAAAUAUGAUCCGCAUUCAAUGUCACUCGUAUAUGCAUACAAUAAUAGUCAACUGUUUGCUGUUAAUGGAUCGAAAAAAGUUCAAGUUGAAUUAUUGUGUCAUAUUGAAAAUUGGUGGACAAUUUGUAUCAACGGGACAAUUGCAACAUCAAUUACAUUAAAUGAAAUUGAUCAAUUUUGGCAAAUAUCUGAUGCAGAAAAAAAUAAUUUCCAGAUGGAAAUAUCAAUUGAUAAUAUCACAUCAAUACGAGAUGAUGCAUGGAAAAACAUUGAUAAUCAACUAACAAUAAAAAGUUUAAUUCUCACUAAAAAUAUUCAAGAUGGACUCGAACUUCCAUCAUAUUCAUUCAAUGGAUUAUCAAAGCUAGAAAAUCUUGAACUUAAUGUUGGACCAACAAUUCUUGAACGUGGUGCAUUUUACAGAUUGUCUAAGUUGAAUCGUCUCAAAAUUGAAGUAGAUGAAACUCAGCAGUACUUAUAUAAAUCUCUGCUGAAUUUACGACUCUUAACUUCUUUAAAUAUUAUUAAAAAUAAGUCAAUCAGUGUUUGCGGUAAUCAAUUUUCAGAAAAACUUCCACCCCUCUUGUAUCUCUCUUAUAUCAAAGGUCCUUUUACUGUAUUACAUAAAAAUUCAUUUAUUUGUUUACCAAGUCUUAAAUAUUUGCGAGUAACAAGAACACGUUUGAUGACAAUUGAACCUGAUGCAUUUUUUGGACUCGAUUAUUUAGAAAAAAUCAACUUGUCUUACAAUAAAAUCAAAAGUAUCGUCAUGAAUGUUUUUAAUAGUCUAAGAAUUUUAAAAAGACUUAGACUUAAUAAUAAUGAAAUUAAUGGCUUUGAUAUGGGAUCAUUGAUGACCAUCAAUAAUGAUUAUACACUCAUCAAUGUAAGCUACAAUAAAAUAGAGAAGAUAUCGGAGGGAACAUUCGGCAAUAUGACAUGUAAAAUAUUUGAUAUACGAGAGAAUCCACUAUUGUCUACUACCAGGAACAUCAUGGGAUUUCCAGCUACUAUUGGAGAACUUAUUGUUAGAAAAGGACAUCGUAUACAUUAUGGUGACUAUUUGAAGAAUAAAGACGAUGAACCGAAACUUAAGUAUACUAGAUAUACAGAUUUAGGAAAAGAUUGUCAUGUGUAUACUGAUGAACCCGCAACAUUCCCAAGAACUGAUUGGCGUUCAAUGCGUGGUAAACGAGAAUCAAUACUAAUACAAUCUGAAUAA